UUAAUAGCAUCACAACCUCCAAAUUUAUCUAAUUAAAAGUAUUAAAAUCUUUUGCAUUCUUUUACUCUAGUUUAUCAUCGAUUUCUUGAAACGGAUAUGUUGCUGCUGUUUUGCUAAUUUUUUCGUAGUUUGAUUUCGAAGAAUGCCGCGAUUACUCCACGGCGUCUUGUCUGUGACAAUAUUCGAGGUUGAUAGAUUGCAAAAUGGCUGUGGAUUUAACUUCUUCAGCAAGGGUACCCGGCAGCAAAAUUAUGGAAAAAGAUUUCUAUCGCAGAUCAAGAGAGUGGUUCUUUGCAGGCCUCAGAUUGUUGGGUCAGGACUGUAUGCAACAGUGGAUCUUGACAAGGCAAGAGUAGGAAGAACAAGAAUGUUAGAACACCACCAACACAAUCCUCAGUGGUAUGAGUCCUUCCAUAUAUACUGUGCCCACAUGAUCUCACAUCUCAUCUUUACCGUCAAAGAUGAUCAAGUUCUUGGUGCAUCCUUAAUCGGACGAGCGUAUUUACCCGUGGAGGACGUCAUCAACGGCUAUAUAAUCGAUCGCUGGGUCGAGAUCCUCGACGAGCAGCAUAAUCCGAUUGGUUCCAAGGUUCAUGUGAAGCUGCAGUUUCAGAAUGUGGCUCAAGAUAGUAAUUGGUCACAAGGGAUUAAAACUCCCAACAACGAAGGUGUUCCGUACGCGUUUUUUAAUCAGCGAAAAGGCUGUCAGGUUACGUUUUAUCAGGAUGCUCACGUUCCAGACAACUUUAUUCCUCGAAUCCCGCUCCAGGGAAAAAGCUACCAAGCUCAGAGAUGCUGGGAAGAUGUUUUUGAUUCAAUCAUGAAUGCCAAGCAUUUUAUUUAUAUAACAGGCUGGUCUGUGUACACUGAAAUCACUUUGGUUCGAGAUCCUGACAGGCCUAAACCCAGAGGCGAGCUUAAACUUGGCGAGAUCCUGAAGAAAAAAGCCGAGGAAGGUGUUAGGGUUCUGAUCUUGGUUUGGGAUGACAGAACAUAUGUUCCUGAAUUCAAGAAAGAUGGACUAAUGGCAACUCAUGAUCAAGAAACCGAACAAUACUUCAGAAAUACGAAUGUUCAUUGCGUAUUGUGCCCUCGUAAUCCUGACGAUGGACGAAGCAUCAUUCAAGGAUUUGAAAUCUCGACUAUGUUUACACAUCAUCAGAAGACGGUUAUUGUUGAUUCCGAAACUCCCGAUAGUUCAUCACAGAGAAGGUCUAUUGUCAGCUUCGUCGGAGGAAUCGAUCUAUGCGAUGGACGAUAUGAUACACAAGAUCAUCAUCUUUUCAAGACUUUAGAUACAAUUCAUCAUCAGGAUUUCCAUCAACCCAACUUUCCGGGAUCCUCGAUCAAAAAAGGCGGUCCGAGGGAGCCUUGGCAUGAUAUCCAUUGCAAGCUAGAAGGACCUAUCGCGUGGGAUGUACUCUACAAUUUCGAGCAGAGAUGGAAGAAGCAAGUUGGCGAAAAAUUCCUGAUACCGCUAAACGAGCUUCAAGCAAUAACUAUCCAACCAGUGCCUUCGACAGACAGUGAGGCCUGGAAUGUCCAGUUAUUCCGAUCCAUCGACGAUGGAGCUGUUUUCGGGUUUCCUAAGGAUCCUAAGGAGGCAGCAGCAGUUGGGCUCGUUAGCGGGAAGGAUAACAUAAUCGACAGAAGCAUUCAGGAUGCUUACAUCACCGCAAUCCGGCGAGCCAAAAAUUUCAUCUACAUCGAAAAUCAGUAUUUCCUCGGAAGCUCAUUCGGAUGGAAAUCGAAAGAUAUCAAGACGGAGGAUAUAAAUGCUUUGAAUCUCAUCCCUAAGGAGCUAUCUCUAAAGAUUGUUAGUAAAAUUGAUGCAGGGGAAAGGUUUAGUGUCUACAUCGUGAUCCCAAUGUGGCCUGAAGGUAUACCUGAAAGUGCAUCUGUUCAGGCAAUACUAGACUGGCAAAGAAGAACAAUGGAGAUGAUGUAUUCUGACAUUUCUGAAGCCAUUAAACGAAACGGACUUGAAGCACAUCCUCGAGAAUACUUAUCGUUUUUCUGCCUCGGAAACAGGGAGACGAAGAAGAUUGGUGAAUAUCAACCUGAAGAGACACCUGAGGCUGAUUCUGAUUACGCAAGAGCUCAACAGGCUCGUCGGUUCAUGAUCUACGUUCACUCCAAGAUGAUGAUCGUUGACGAUGAAUACAUAAUCAUAGGAUCAGCAAACAUAAACCAGAGAUCAAUGGACGGCGCCAGAGAUUCCGAGAUAGCAAUGGGAGCAUUUCAGCCAAAUCAUAUAGCAGCUCAAGAAAAUCCUGCAAAGGGACAAAUAUAUGGUUUCAGAAUGGCAUUAUGGUACGAACAUCUUGGUUUUCUUGAACCCUCAUUUCAACAUCCGGAAAGCCUGCAAUGUAUCCACAGAUUGAAUCAACUCGCCGAUGAUCUAUGGGAGAGUUAUGCAGCUGAAACAUUUCAUCAGGAUUUCGUGGGUCAUCUUCUCCGCUAUCCAGUCGAAGUCACUGGCGAUGGAACUGUUAUGAAUUUGCCUGGAACUGAGUAUUUUCCUGACACGAAAGCUCGUGUUCUUGGCACGAAAUCGGAGUAUCUUCCUCCGAUCCUCACCACUUAGCUUCUAUAUUUAAAUUAAAAAAAUGAAUGGUUAUUGAACUUUGUCAUUUAAAUUAAUUGUUUAUAUCAGUACUGCCCAAAUGAAGAAGAAAAAGAGAAUUAUUGAGUUCAAUUAUUGUCACUUUAUCAAUUUCAUUUAUAGCAAUAAUUUUAGCUUUA